AUGUCAGCGUUACCGUCCUCCAAGAAGACCCACUCGGAGAAACACAAGCAGAUAUUCCGGCAGCUUCUUAGGGAGGAGCCCAACAAGCAGUGUGCCGACUGCAAGGUGCUGAAAAACCCACGCUGGGCCUCGUGGUCCCUCGGGUGCUUUUUGUGUAUCCGGUGUCUGGGGAUCCACCGAGGCAUGGGCACCCACAUCUCCAAGGUGAAGCUGGUGGACUUGGACGCCUGGACCGACGACCAGGUAGAAAACAUGAUCAAGUGGGGCAACGCCAAGUGCAACGCGUUCUGGGAGCUGAAGUUGCCGGCUAACUACGUCCCCGACGCGCUGAAGAUCGAAAACUACAUCAGAACCAAGUACGACUUGAAGAAAUGGGCGGCGCUGACGACUAUCCCUGACCCUCUCACCAUGAAGACCCCCACCCCGCUGGCAGCGACGCUGGCGCCUGCUCCGACCUCGGCGCUGACCCUGUCCAGAGCCUCGGCCCCGCAAAAGUCGGCGGCACCAUCGCAGGCACUGAACUCGGCAAACCUUUUGGAUGACCUCUUCCUGCUGCCAGCACCCACGCCUCCGGCUCAACCAGCUCAACCUCAACCUCACAGAGCGGCGUCCACUCACAAAGCCCCCGUUCAGCAAACCCCGACGCCCCCGCGGCCUCAGUCUACUGGUAGCUCGAUGGGGUCGAGACCCGAUCUUAAAAAGCUGAUCUUAUCUUUAUACUCGUCGCCACUGGCGCUGUCGUCUUCAUUUGUCCAACAAUCCUACUCGCCUCCAGCGCAGCCCCAGUCGCCCUACCAACAACCCCAAUCGUACCUGCUGAGCACUCUCAACUCGGUAACGAGCUCGUUGAACGGCUUGAGCUUCUCGUCGUCUCAGCAACCCCAACAGUCGGUAACUCCCAAACAGUCGGUGGCUCCUCAAGCGCCUCCUCAACCGAAGCCCCAGCCGAAGCCCCAACCGUCAUGGAACAACGAAUGGUCCGACGUGCCUCUGGGAGGAUGGUCGCUGACCCCGCCGGCAGCGAAACCAGCGGUGAACUUGAACGGUCUCGACGACGAUCUCUUCAAGAACGUGUGGAGUUAG